UGCCUGGAAUGAGGCUGCCUUGACACCCACCUGCUGCUGGCUGUCCUGCCCUCCAGGUGCCCUCCGUCUCAGGGGAAUGGGGACACUGCUGGAGCAUUUCAGUUUCCUCCUGCCCCGCUGCUGUCCCUACCACACCUCAGCUGUCCUAUCCAAGGGCUGGAUUUGGAGCAUUUUACAGUAACUGCUGCUCCACAGUGCAGUUCUUCCCACCCUGGGUGGCAGGAGGUCAUCACUGUUUGAGGAGAAAUCUGAAAGGAGGUGAAAAUUUGAAUGUUAAAAUGUUUAAAUUCACAGUCAGCCCCCCUUGGGCUGGGUAGAGGAGGGGGCACCCCUGAGGUGCCAUUCCCUGGCUGUAUGUGAACACCAGCUGUGUUAACUCCAGAAAUUCUUCACCUGAAGCUGAUUUCUUUUUUCUCAUGUACCUGCUCCAAAUUCUUCUUCAUUCUCUGUGGAUGUCAGAGCCUGCAAGGCUUUAAUUCAGGAGCCAGCCCACUGUCAGAGAUAAGCCUCCUGAUAUUUCAUCAUGGAUCCUGCCUGCUCCAAGGAGCCUCCUCCGCUGGAAGUGCUGAAAUGAACUUAUGACAAAUACAAGAAAUGAAAGUCUCUCUCAAAUGCACUUUCUGGCAUGACUUAAAUUAGCUGAAAUUGCUGACAUUCUGCCUUUCUCAGAUGCGUGUCAGUGUCCAUAGACUUUUCUUUCAAACAUUGGAAAAUUAUUGAGUUAAAUGUUGCCAGAAACAGCCAGUGCAGGAGCGUGGGUGUACGUUGGGUGAAGGUUACUGUGAUGUGUCUGGGUGCUGCAGCACGUGGAGGAGAGGCACAAUGGGCCCCUCUGACCUUGGCUGAUCCCACACAACGGAAGGACACCACCGGAAUUCCACUUGGAAGUUCUUGGGUUUGUACUGCAUUGAAUUUGGAUGGGCUGAACCUUUCCAAGACUUAAUGACUGUCAUUUUGCCUGAACCAAAACAUUUCCUUAAAGACCAGGAAGUUCUUUGCCUGCUCCUGGGUCCUCCCGUGUUUGUCCCAGCAGCUCUGCUCAGGACUAGGACUAAAUGGACAAAGUGACACUUUCUUGGCAGACAGAAUCAGCUCUUGGGCAGCUUCAGAGCUGCACAGCCAGGACCCACUAAUUGGCAGGUCCUGGUUGCUGACCACAGGUUGGGUAAAUCCUCCUGCAUCCCAGGGCUGUGGGAGCCCCAGUGUAUGUCUGUGCAUAGGUCUGGCACUCUGUGCAUUGAUACAGCUGGUGGAAUUUGGGUUGGGAAUCACAGGAAUGAUUCCUAGGUUGUUUUUGGUACCUGUCUGCAGGUAGAAAAUGCACAGUGAAAAGCUGGCACGUACCUUGAAGAAAUUUCUUAGAUAGGAAAUAGCAGCUUGUCUAAAAGUAAAGGUUCUCUUACUGAAAUCUGCACUCAUUUCAAACUUCCCUGUCCUUAACUCCUGAGGAAUGUGACAGUAUAUGAAAAUUUAAAGGCUGGUUCCUGCUGUUACUCCAAAUUUACAUUGGCAACAGUGUUUAAUUAAUUUCAAAUUUACUUAGUAGUUUGCUUUCAGUGAAAAGUGUGGCCCUGACAUUUUGAGUGAAUAAGAAUUAGCCUCUUAAACUCCUUUGGGUCUUGUCUCUUUUUCAGUUGAUGAAUCACGAGGUGUCAGUGGGGACAUGCCUGCCCUGUCGGUGCCCAGGGUGAUGAGGCAUCUUCCCUGUCCCUCAGCUGGUUUUGAGCCUCCUGUCCCCACUCUCUGAUGCUGGAGCAACUGCUGAAGGAUGCAGCCGCAGGCGCCCAGGGCUGUCUCGCUGACAAGGAGCAGAUUCCUCAAAAGCCUGCGGAGGAGACGUAGGAUCUUCAAGGAAAUUGUGGCAGCUGGAUCCCGAUAGCAGAUAAACUCAUUUAACCACCAUGAGUUGGAGUUUUCUGACCCGCCUGUUAGAGGAGAUCCAGAACCACUCAACCUUUGUUGGCAAAAUCUGGCUGACAGUGUUGAUUGUGUUUCGGAUCGUCCUAAUUGCUGUGGGAGGAGAAUCCAUUUAUUAUGACGAACAAAGCAAGUUUGUGUGCAACACGGAGCAGCCUGGCUGCGAGAACGUCUGCUACGACUCCUUCGCCCCUCUCUCGCACGUCAGGUUCUGGGUCUUCCAGAUCAUUCUCGUGGCCACUCCCUCUGUGCUCUACUUAGGCUAUGCCAUCCAUAAGAUCGCCCGGAUGGUGGAGCACAGCGAGGCCAGCAGGAGGGCCAGGAGGAGGAGCUUGCCCGUCCGCUGGAAGCAGCACCGGGGCCUGGAGGAGGCUGAGGGUGACCACGAGGAAGACCCGAUGAUGUACCCGGAGAUCGAGGUGGAGAGCGCCCGGGAGAGUAAAGAGAAGCAGAGCCCUGCCAAAGCCAAGCACGACGGGCGGCGGCAGAUCCGCGAGGACGGGCUCAUGAGGAUUUACGUCCUGCAGCUGCUGGCCAGGGCCCUGUUUGAGGUCGGCUUCCUGGUGGGGCAGUAUUUCCUGUAUGGCUUCCAGGUGAGCCCCGUGUUCGUGUGCAGCAGGAAGCCCUGCCCGCACAACGUCGACUGUUUCAUCUCCAGGCCAACCGAAAAGACCAUUUUCCUGCUGAUAAUGUACGGGGUGAGCUGCAUGUGUCUGCUCCUCAACGUCUGGGAGAUGCUGCACUUGGGCUUUGGCACCAUCCGGGACACGCUGAACGCCAAGAAGAAGGAGCUGGUGGACUCUGGGACCUGUAACUACCCCUUCACCUGGAACACGCCGUCGGCUCCCCCGGGCUACAACAUCGCGCUGAAGCCGGAGCAGAUGCAGUGCACGGAGCUGUCCAACGCCAGGAUGGCCUACAAGCAGAACAAAGCCAACAUAGCUCAGGAACAGCAGUAUGGCAGCAACGAGGGCAACAUUCCCAGCGACCUGGAGAUCCUGCAGAGGGAAAUCAAAGUGGCUCAGGACCGCCUGGACCUUGCCAUCCAGGCUUACAACAACCAAAACAACCCCAGCAGUUCCAGAGGGAAGAAAUCCAAAGCGGGCUCAAACAAAAGCAGUGCCAGUAGCAAGUCAGGAGAUGGGAAGAACUCGGUCUGGAUUUAACGUUGACUCAGUUGAUAUGCUGUGGUUUUUUUCCCCUAGUUUAUCAUAACCAGCAGUCCCAUGAAUAAUGGCUUCCAUUAAGGGAAUAUUUGACUCUGCUGAUUUUCAGGGAUACCGUUGGCUCGUGAUUCAGCCCCAGAAAGGGUUUAUACACUGACUCUAGGACUUUAGAACUUUAUUCUUUUGUCUUCCAAGUCAGGAGACAAAUAGGUAUAUUUAAUUCAUUCUCAUUGAACGGUUUAUGCUGUAUGUACAGUAUUAUAGUACAUUUAUUAUGCACAAUUUUUUUGUAUUUGUACACUGGAUCUGAUGUUACACUUUUUAUAUCAACAAGGACAAAGCAAUGGAUAGCCAUUAGCAUUUUGUUAAUUUUAUUAUUGUUGUCUGCAGUUAUGUCAUUGUUCUUCCUUGUUUUCCAAGUAAAACUUUUUAUAAAACUUUUC